AGAUAAUGAAGCUGUUAGACUCCGAUGAUGAGGACGAAGCAGGGCCAAGCCUUGAAAUCAAUAAAAACUAUGCUGAACGUUAUGACAACUGGAGAAGAUUGGAGGAAAUGCAAAAAAUUAAAGACAAAUAUGGUGACGAUAUGGAAGACACUUCAUCAAGUGAAGAAGAGCCCGAGUGGAGUGCGGCGGAUGAGAUGCAUUUCUUGCGAACGCUUAGUGCUUUAAAGGGGAAUGAAGCUUCCAUCUACGAUGAGAAGUCGAAUUUUUGGGAUGAAAACGAAGAAAAAGCGGCUCGUUCUACGAAAAAGAAAAAGAAACUCGAAAAGGAGAAGGAGAAACCAAUGUAUCUCAAAGAUUAUGAGAGAAAGUUGGUACUGGAAAAAGGAGGGCAAAUCGAUGAGAGCGAUGAAGAAGACGAGCGUAAGCAUUCCAACUAUUUUGAUCAACAGGAACAGAUUCGGAACGCGCUUCGAAAGGAAGUAGAAAAACAUGAUAACGACGAAGACGAUGAUGAUGACCUUCUGCUUCCGAAAAACAAAACUAAUGAGGAGAAGGCUAAGGAAGAUGAAGAUUUCUAUUCGUGGCUAAAGGAACGUGAAAACGGUGAGAUCGGAGAAGGAGAUGAUCUCAAAGGACUCAAGGAGGCAUGGAGAGAUCCAAAUAUUGAUGAAAACGAGAAAUUUCUGAGGGAUUAUCUAGCCAACAAGGACUUUAUUCCUGAAAUCGAGGAGCACGGCGUGACUCUCGACGAUUUGCGCGAGGUUGAAGAAGAUGAGAAAGAUCUGGACAGGCAGCGUGAUUUUGAACAGAAGUAUAAUUUUCGAUUUGAGGAUCCAGAUCAGGAGUUUAUCAAGCAGUAUCCAAGAACAGUUGGCGAGUCCAUAAGGAAGACAAACUCGAAGAGGAAAGAGAAAAGAGAAGAGUAUAAAGAAAGAAAAGAAAGGGAGAAACAAGAGCGAAGACAGGAAAUCAAAGAGCUAAAGAAGAUGAAGAGAGCAGAAAUAGAAAAGAAGCUAGAGAAGCUCAAGAAAAUGGCUGGAGAUGAUAUUCCCAUCAGCAUUGAUGACAUUGAAGGCGAUUUCGAUCCUAAAGAAUACGAUAGGCGAAUGCAGCAACUUUUCAAUGAUGAAUACUAUGGAAAAUCUGAAGAUAUCGAUGAAGUGGAACAGGAUAAGCCUGUUUUCAGCGAUAUGGAUGAUUCCGAAGACGAAUCGAGCAGUAGUGACUAUGAUAAUUUCCCUAUCUCUACGGUGUCUGAUAGCAAAAGUAAUGGUGUUGAACAGAACGCGACCUCUAGAAAAGAGAAUGGAGAGAAUACCCAAAAUGGAGCUGAACAAACUUUACGCACAAAAGAAGAUUCGCGACGAAAGAAGAAGCGGAAUAGCAAGUUUCGAGAAGCCGUCCAACGGAAAAAGCCAUUGUUUGACCCAAAGGAAAAGACGUUUGAGGAGUACUUCAACGAAUACUACGCACUGGAUUAUGAAGAUAUCAUCGGUGACAAACUAACGAGGUUCAAGUAUAGGCAAGUUGUUCCAAACGACUUUGGCCUAUCUGUCGGUGAGAUCUUGUCUGCGGACGAUAGACAACUCAAUGCUUGGGCUUCUCUCAAAAAGGCGACCGGUUAUCGUAGUGAACACGAAGAGAUGGUGGAGAAAAAACGAUAUGAAAGAAAAGCCGCUGAUUUGAGAAAGAAGGAAAAGAUCUUUAGCACCGAUUUUGGCGGAAAGAGGAGUAAGAAGCAUAAGGAGGAAGAAGCUGCAAAGGAGUCGAAAGAGGCUGCUUCUAUUAUUGAAGAGGAACAAAAGAAGCAGAAGAAGAAGAAAAAGAAGAAGGCAAAAGAAGCAGUUGAGGGAGAGUCGGAGGAAGUUAUAUUGUCACAGCCACUUCCUAAUUCUGCCAGCGGCGCGGCUGAAAUAGGUGUAGUCAGUGUCAGUGGCAAUGAACAAUCACAAAAGAAGAAGAAAAAGCGGAAUAGAAAGCGAAAGGCAGAAUCCGCGGUGCAACCCGGUGAUAUCAUGAAUGGCGAAGAGGAGCAGGAGCGGUCUAGACCGAAGAAGAAGCGGAAACAUCUAGAACCUGGCAAAGAAGAGUUGAAAAUUGAUGACAGUCGUUUACGCGCUUAUGGUCUUCAGAUAACCGUGACUCACAAAGUCAGCUCAGGAUUGAGAUAUGGGAGGCGUUCUCAGCUAUUUUCGCAAUUACAGGUCGGAGAAGUGGUUACUACGAUUCCUACGAUAGGCUUCAAUGUGGAACAAGUAGAGUACAAGAAUCUCAAGUUUCAGGUUUGGGAUCUUGGUGGGCAAACGUCAAUACGUCCUUAUUGGCGGUGUUACUAUGCUAAUACUGAUGCUAUCAUAUACGUUGUGGAUUCCGCCGAUAAAGACAGAGUUGGGAUAUCUCGUCAGGAACUGGUGGCCAUGCUGCAGGAAGAGGAGCUGCAAGGUGCUAUACUAGCGGUGCUGGCCAAUAAGCAGGAUAUCCCCGGCUGCUUGACUCCUGCUGAAGUUCAUAAAGCACUAGGUCUAGAAGCAUUGCGUAAUCGAACAUUCCAAAUCUUCAAGACCUCAGCAGCAAAAGGAGAAGGAUUAGAUGAAGCAAUGGAGUGGUUAGCGAAUAAUUUGCAGCAGAAGAAAUGAUAAAAUCUACUAGAGUUUUAUCUUUCAAAUGCUCAGAUAUAUCCAUUUUUCUCGGAGCAGCUAUUAUGUUGUUGCAUCCUUGAAAUACCAUAAAAGACCCAAAGUCAUUUAUAUAUUCACGAAAGUAUGACUGCUUACGCCCCACUCCACUGUUACCGGUCGUUUUCUCGUCGUCUUUUCCAAUAUCUGAAUAAGUAUGUCGUCUGGAGAGAAUAUCUGAUUAUUUGUUCUCAAGUAUUUUCGCUUCUGCCCUUAAUUCGCAUAGUUCUCAACAGCCUUAUAGCUUCAUUAGAGAAUUUUUCUUAUUUGUCAGGGAUUACGCUCUCUGUAGCGUAUUGUGCGCCGGCUAUGUGUGUUUAGCGCCUUAAUCACAUUCAUCCCCUUUGCCUCUGUGCGUAAGUUAUUCCGAAUCUUUAGUAAUGUCUGUUUCUGUGAGCGUUGCCUGUGAUUAUGAUCUUUUUUUUUUCGAUUUGUGUCGUAUCAAUCUUUGAAAGGUCUUUCUUUUGGUUGCUUUUAUAAUUACCUAACAUUGGCUGAAAGAGCAUACGGAGAUUAUGGGCUAAUGAUCAUGGUAAAUGAUUUAUCG